GUUAGCUUAUAUAUAUAUAUAUAUAUAUAUUUAUUUAUGUAUUCGUAUUAAAUCCCAGGUUGUCAUGUUAGUGAUUACAGACUCAAAUUUUUCUUCAAAUACAAUACAUAUAUCAUAUCAUAUAUUUGUAUAUAUAAUACCAAAGAUCGAUGAUGUAUCGGUUUCUGACCAUCCUCCUUUGUUUAUGUACUGCAAAUUUAACGUCAACAAAGAGAAUCGAGUAUCUUCCAGGUUUUGAAGGACCUCUUCCGUUCCAUCUCGAAACAGGGUAUGUGGGAGUGGAUGUGAAUGAGGAUGUUCAACUGUUUUACUACUUCAUUCAUUCUGAGUCAAAUCCCAAAGAUGAUCCUCUCUUGCUUUGGCUUACCGGUGGCCCCGGUUGUUCUUCAAUCUCCGGCCUCCUUCUGCAGAUCGGUCCAAUUGAGUUUCGCGCGGUGCCUUACAAUGGAAGCUUGCCCACCUUGAUUCCGAGAAUAUAUUCAUGGACCAAGAUGACAAACAUAAUUUUCUUAGAUAUUCCGGUCGGUACAGGGUUUUCUUAUGCAAAAUCAACACGUAGCGUUCAUUCUACCGACAUCCAAUAUUUUGACCAUGCCUACGAAUUUAUGAGAAAGUGGUUCAAGCGUAAUCCAGAGUUCACUUCCAACCCAUUCUACGUUGCAGGAGACUCGUAUUCUGGAAUCCCUAUCCCCGUAAUCACACAACUAAUAUCAAAUGGAAACGAUGCUGGAACUAAGCCUUACAUUAAUCUCAAGGGUUACAUACUCGGGAACCCUAUUACCUUCCCUGCUAACAAUUACCAAAUCCGAUUUGCAAAUGGUAUGGGACUUAUUUCUGAUGAACUCUAUAAGUCAUUGUUACAAAGUUGUCAUGGAGAAUAUCAAUCAGGUUAUAUAGACCCAAACAACGUAGAGUGUCUUCGAAACCUUGAGUUAUACCAGGAGUGUAUUAAUGGUAUUGAAAAGGAAGACGUGUUAGAACCGUAUUGCAGUGCAACCGUUUCGCCAAUAAAACUGCCUAGCCAAAUACGAUCUAAAGAGCGUCGGCCUCUUUCUGCAUCUUAUUGUCAAUAUGAUCCUAAAGAUCUAGUUAAUUAUUGGGUGAAUGAUGAUGAUGUCAAAGAAGCAUUGCAUAUCCGAAAGGGAAGCAUAGGAAAUUGGAUAAGAUGCAACCGUGAUUUUUUAAAUUUCACCAUAACAUUAUAUGAUGUGAGACCUUAUCAUCUCAACCUUAGUAGCAAGGAUUACCGCUCACUCAUAUACAGUGGUGAUCAUGAUAUGCAAGUUCCCCAUCAGUCGACUCAAGCAUGGAUAAAAGACCUUGAUUACAAUGUCACCGAUCAAUGGCGUUCAUGGAAGCAUCAAGGUCAAAUCGCCGGGUAUACACAGAGUUAUUCGAAUAGGAUGACAUUUGCUACUGUGAAGGGUGCAGGACACAUCGCAACUGUAUAUAAAACCGAAGAAUGUUUUAUGAUGUUAAAGAGAAUUUGGGGGCUUUUGUGGACUUUCUUGGCCAGCAAGAUAAACCACGACCAUUUUUGAGUCAGACGAAAGGACUACACGACAGAGAUGUGUGAUUAAGGAG